AUGAAUUUGUAAGGAGUAACCAGACUUUAGAAGGAAUACAAGCAGAUAGCUUAGAGCACAACUAUUCAAAACUUUGUGGCAGUCCCAGAUUCUAAAAAUAUCUUCGAGUGGCAUUUUGUUGUGUUUGAUUUAAAGGAUUGCCCUUAUGAAGGUGGGUUCUAUCACGGAAAACUUAUGUUCCCUGUGGAGUAUCCAAUGAAGCCACCUGGAAUAUAAAUGAUCACACCAAGUGGCAGAUUCUAGACAAUGACUAGGAUAUGCCUGUCAAUAUCAGAUUUCCAUCCUGAGACUUGGAAUCCUACCUGGAAAGUUGAAACUAUUUUAACAGCUCUGAUCAGUUUCUUUAAUAGCGAUGAGAACACGACAGGAUGUAUAUAAACCUCAACAUAUCAGAAGAAAUAGUUUGCAUAUGCAUCAUUAGCUUGGAAUUUAAAUGAUCCAGACUUUGUGAGAUAUUUCACAGCAUUAUAUGAUAAAUUAGGCAUUCAUGAGUAAAAAAUAUAGGAAAAUCUGCAACACUAAUAAGAAUUUAACCACAUUCUUAAAUUAGUAAGAACAUAAUAGGGUUCUUUUAAAGAUGAUAUCAAGUUGCUAUUAUCACUUAAAUAAUAGUAGAAAGACUCUAACAGUGAACAGUUCAAAACUAUUUAAAGAGAUAUGCUUCAGAAAAUUUUGAUACUUAAGAGCAGUCAAAGAUAGCUUUUUGAAAUAGUUGAAAACACAAAGAGAAUCUCAGAAUAGGAGAGAAAGGAGAUGGAUAUGCAUAAUCUCAAUUUGUAGAGUUUACUCUAUGAGAAGGACUAUUUCGUUAAAGAAAUUCACUUUUGCAAAGAAUUCAAGACUCCUUAGCUUCAAUAGGCUUUAAAGCCUGAGUUGUACGAGAGUUUUAGACGAUAAGGUCCAAAUGUGACUGAAUAGCAAUUCAAACAAAAUAUUCAGUAGUUAGUAGAUCAGCUUAAAGAAAGAAAGGACUUGAAUCAAAAGUACAUUCAAGUGAAGUAAGAUAUGAAACAAGUGGAGCACGAGUAUCAUAGGAAAUCUAAACUUGUAGAAGAUUUCCCACAAAUUUUAAACACAUUAGAGAACGCUACUCUACCUUUAUAGGAAUACCUAAAUGUAAAACUAACUGAAGAAAAUCAAUUAAUGACUUAAGCUAGUGAUUUACCCUUACCACUUUAUACACUGUUCAAAAAGCUAAACAGUUUCAUUAAGGAGUAUCCUUAAUUCUGUCUAGAUCUAUAAAUCAAAGGUGAGUUUGACUAAAUCGAAGCUAUAUAUGAUAAGUAUGAUGCCUAACUUCUCAGAAACCCUAAAUUUCAAAUAAAAGCAAAUAGAAGCAGACUAAAUGAAAUUAUUGAAAAUGUUAAUGAGGAGACGACUAAUCAGAUUUAACAAAUGAAAAGAGAUAAAUCUCCAUCAGAACUUUAAAGCAAGAAUAAUAGCAAAUCAAAAGGAGCCAACGAAUAACUUGUAGAGAAAAAUAUACCAGGUAUUUCUGAUAGUUCCAAGAAAAUCAAGAAAGACAAGAAAAAGAAGAAACCAUUAAGAAGCUCUUCCAAAGGAAAAUCUUAGCUUAAGUAGGGCUCAAAUUAGAAUGAUCAAGCAGAUGGUAAAGAAGAAGGAGAAGAGGAAGAGUUAAAUCAUGAGUCAAUAAAUCUUGACCAAGCUUUCGACAUAGAUGAAAAGCCUAAGAAAUAUUUGGCAGAUGAAUUCGAAAAGUUCCCAUUAUACUUGGAACUUCAGAUUCUCUCAAAUCCACAUUUCUUCGAUUACUAGAAGCCUUUCUCAUAAAGCAAUAUUUAUUCAGUCUCAACUCUUAGGGAGCAAUCUAAGAAUGAGAUACUUAUUACCCUUUUCCCUUGUUUCAUGAGAAUCUAUCUUAUCCCUUAACUGAAUGUGCUCAGUAUUGAAUUCAAGAAUAAGGCAUUUACUACUGAUGAUAUCCUAGGAGAUCUUAACUUUGACGAUUCAGGAAUUUAAAUAUCUCUUAAAGAGCUCUAAUUAAUCAAUUCCUCAUCAAAAGAGAGAGUCUAUCAAUGGCUUCAUAACUGGGCAGGACUUUAUCUUGAUGCUCAAAAGCAAGCAACAUCUUUGAAUAAGCCGGAAUUCAUGAUGAGAGAGAGUGCCAUUAAUUCGAAUGAGGAUUAGAUAGUUUCAACAAAACUUCUUUUCUCUAAAAUAUGGCAGCGAAUGAUUUCUAGAUCUAUUCUCAACAUCUAACUAGAGAAUUUUUAAAUUAACAGAAAUUUUCUUAAGGAGACAAUAGCUCUAUUUCAAAAUAUCAAAGCAAAAGUGCAAUUCAGCUAAUUCAAAACUAAGAUAAGAGAAUUCAAGAGGAAAUCUCUUAAUCAGUAUGAGAUGAUUAUAGAAAAAGAUUCCUAGAAGAUCAGUGUAGCAAUCUAAAUUCCUUUGAACUACCCAGAGCAACCAAGUUAGUUUAAUCUUUAAUCCUCUUAACCAAAGCCCUUUAUUCAAUCAUUUGACAACUUACCAGAGAAUCUGUAAUCAAAGAUAGAUCCCAGAGAUUUUAAAGCAGUUGAAAACUUGAGAGAUAACCAAUAAUCUUACAAUGCUAAUGGUGAACCAAUUAAACCAUUCCAUGAUGCUAUUGAAGAUGAAAUCAAUUUAAGAUUCGAAAAGUAUUUCAACUACUCUCUUCAUGCUGAUUACCUUCUUUCAUUCUAGGUCUACAUACUUUUCUUAUGCUUGGAGCACGACCCCAUUCAGAUGAAAAAAAUUUGCCUAAUUAAUUUUAAUUGA